AUGGAGACGGCCCGUUUGCGACUCGAUCCGAUCGGCCUGUGCCAUCUUGACGGAUUCCACAGGAUCUGGACAAACCCAGACUCAACACGCUGGGCUAGAAAGGGCACCUUGCAAACCAUCGACCAAACGUACGCCUGGCUUUCCGGAAUGCUACCGGAGAACCGAGCUGGCAGUGACAACUACGCGAUCUUCAUCAAGGAUGCAAACAGCGACAAAAGCACGGUCAUCGGCGUGGUAGGGGUACACCGCGUCGACCCAACCCCAGAGAUUGGGUAUUUGUUUCACCCUUCGGCCUGGGGCAAAGGGUACGCGACAGAGGCCGCGAGGGCAUUCAUCCAGCACUUCUGGAAAGCUAGACCAGAUCUCGACACCAUUGAGGCAAAAGUGGAUGAGGCAAAUUCAUCAUCAAGACACGUACUCAAUAAGUGUGGUUUUGUGGAGAAUGAAACCAUUAUAGGAGGGGCUGAACGAGCAUGGCUAGAUCCUCAGAAGAGGAAUAUUGUUGUUUAUAGACUUAAAAGAGCAUGA